AUGCCCCCUAAAAGACCCCUUGGCUUGGGAAAGGCGGCCAAAGCGAAAAAGCAGAAACCAGACGCCGCCGCCGUGGAAAACGAGUCCUCUCUCUCGCAAGAGCCUCGCGAUGUUGCUGUGGCUAGUGAAGUGGAAACAGAUGUCAAUGGGAAUGGGGACGAAAAUGGACCCAAUGAGUUGACUGUGGAGUUGGGCGCAGAGAUCGACGCUAACGAUGCCGUGGGCCAGUUGGCAGCGUUGUGGAGAACGUACUUUGUUUCCGAGGAUAAGAAGGAGCUUGUGCUUAAUGGGAUAAUCCAUGAGUGUGACCGAAUCUUGAGAAAGGCUCAUCUGGACAGUAAGCUGGAGAGUGACGAGGAGAACGUGGAGAUCACUGGACGUUUUUACUCCAUCUACGCGUUGGCCUUGUCGAAUCUUGCCUUUUUCCAUACCGAAGAAAGGGAUAAGGUGGAGGCCUACUUCACUGAAGCCAUGGACCGGAUCAGCCGGGGCGAAGAGCUUUUCCCUAAUUCUAUUGACAUUCUUUUCGCCAAGGCACGGAUUAUGAUUAACAAGAUCGCCUUGACGGUGAUUUCUCGUUUGGACACGGAAAGUAGAGUCGCUGCUAAGGCCCAGACAGGCGCCCAGCUUCUUGACGAGUGUCUAAGCCAAUGGGAAAAGGCUGAAGAAUUGACCGGACAGCUCAAUCAGUACGACUACUACAACAUCGAGAGCUUGGACUUCCUACAGGCUUUGGAUGACCUUCUCGACGUGGUAGACAACUUUGGCCAGGAACAUCUUGAAGGAGAGGAUAGCGAUGCUGAAGACGAAGAUAAAGAUCUCAGGUUAGACGAAAACCACCCCUUGCAUUCUAUCAAAAACACAGACAAAUACAACAGAUGGUGGAGAGACCACCUGAUUAUAUUCUUGAACAAUUUGGAUAAACGUCUUGCAGGUGAAAACAAAAAGAGCAAAGACCACCCGUUGACCAUCUUGCGCCGUGAGUUGUGCAAGCGUCUUGGUCAGUCUUACCUUAUGGAGGCCGAAGUGCCUUCCAACGUGUACACUACAUUAGCCUACUACGCCAAGGACAAGCUGGACAUUGACGGUCUCAGCAAACACGACGCUCAGAGGGAUAGUCAGAAGUUGUUUUCCACGGCAUUGAAAUACUUGAAAGACUCCCAGGAUGCAGAUGAGCCAGAAACCUGGGUCAAUGUCGCCGAAGCCAUGAUUUCCCUUGGUAACGUCCAUGAACUCGAUAGUCCUGAGCAAGAAAAGGCCUACAGGGAAGCGGAGGAGAUUUUGGUGAAGGCCAACAACGCCACGAACGGUAAAUUUGAUGACAUUUUGCAUAAUUUGUUGCAUAAUUGA